UAGUCUGAGUCUUGUCAACUCGUUAGCGUAUCGUUUCAUGUUUUGUCUAUUCUCGGCUCCAGUAAUAGUAAUAGUAAAUUUGUUUACAUGCAAUUAAGAUAUUUUAACAAGUUUUCAUAAUUCAUGAUUGUUUGCUUUUAAUAUAAACCGACCAGUUUUGAAGAUCACAAAGAAAAAAGUAUAUGCAAUGUUGUCGCCGGCGAAAAGACGAAUUAUUCUCAUAUGCAGCGUUGGAAUCCUUAUUUGGCUUCUUUUUCGAUACUCUAUAGGGGAUGGUCUUAUGCUUACAGUUGAAAGUGUUACCCGAAUACCAGGUACUCCGAUAUUAGUGACAGUAUUCUAUGAGGCUCUUUGUCCGGACUCGAAGCAUUUUAUUACAAAGCAGUUAGUGCCUGCAUAUAAAGCAGCGCCUUCAGUUCUGGAAGUUGUUCUUGUUCCCUACGGAAAAGCCUCGACAUCAAUUAGCUCAGACGGUUCUCUGAACUUUGAUUGCCAACAUGGCCCUCUUGAAUGCCAGGCAAACAUGUAUCAUGCUUGUACAAUAGAAAUAAUUACUGACCCUAUAAAAAGACUCGAUAUGGUGACAUGCAUGAUCAAAGAUAAUAGAUUGCCAAAGGAAGCUCUAUACAGAUGCGCUCGGGAUUAUAAUCUGGAAACAGCUAACUCAAUACAAAAGUGUUACGAUACAAAUCACGGCAGUGAAUUAUUGAAAAUGAAUGGAGACGCAACGCAUGCAUUAAGACCAGCUGUAUCGUUUAUACCUACUAUUACUAUUGACGGAGCUCAGGGAAAACAAGCAGCGAUAUUAAAAAACUUGAUGGGUGAAGUUUGUAAAGUAGCUUCAGGAGAUAGUUUAGUAAAAGAUAUCUGCACGAACGAUUAAACAUUCCAUACAUAAGAUUUUAA